AUGGCCGGGGCCAGGGACCCCCCCCAGGAUCGCCCCACGGUGCUGACCCACGGGGACCCCCAGCGCACACAGGUGCCACCCAAGGGGGGUUCGUGCCCCCCCCUCCUGCACAUCCAUCACCCCGGGGUGUUGGUGAUGAGGACUCGGCUCCCCCCGGCGCAUGGUCUCCCCACAAUUGAAUGGGGCCCCAAAGACCCCCCCGGCCGUGACCGAGCCCCUUCGCCCGCCCCCCCCAGCAAUGACCCCCCCCAGCAGCCCCCCAGGGCUCCUCGUUGUGACCUGGGGGGGGUGGCUCAGUGCCUGCGGCAGCUGGAGAGGAUCCAGGAGCUGGAGCAGCAGCUUGCUCGCGAGCGCCACCGCCUGGGGCUGCUGCAGGCGCAGCUCAUCCGGAGGGGCCCCCCCAUUAUGGUGCCCCCCGGGAAGGGCCAGGUUGGGCCCCCCCCAGGUUGGGGCCCCAAAGCAGAGGGGGAGCCUGAGCCCCCCCCCACGGGGCUCCCAUUGGAGCAGGGGGGGCUCUGCCCAGAGCUGGAGUAUUACAAGGUCAGCACUGUCCGGCCCCCCUAUACCUAUGCAACGCUCAUCCGCUGGGCGAUCCUGGCCUCCCCCCAGCGGCAGCGCACCCUGGCGGAGAUCUACCAUUGGUUCAGCGGCACCUUCGGCUACUUCCGGCACAACGCGGCCACGUGGAAGAAUGCCGUGCGCCACAACCUGAGCCUGCACAAGUGCUUUGUGCGCGUGGAGAACGGGCGCGGGGCCGUGUGGACCCUGGAUGAGAGCGAGGUCAGGAGCAAGCGGAGCCCCAGGUACCCGAAACUGGACUGUGACCUGAAGUACUUUGUGCCCCCCCAGAGCUAA